AUGUCCAUCCUUCCGCCCUCCCAGGAUUCAGUGUCCGAGUCGUCCAUUGACAAGUCUGUCCCUGUCUACAAAGUCGAGAUGGGCGGUUCCGUUACCCACGAAGAGCCUACCAACGGCACCUUGGCGCCGCCUGAGAAGCAGCCCAAGUGGCCCAAGAUUCGCUCCAUCUGGCAAGAUGCCUUUUCCGAGUUCCUGGGCACCAUGGUCCUCAUCCUUUUCGGCGAUGGUGUCGUGGCCCAGGUCGUCCUCAGUAAGAAUGUCAAGGGCGAUUACCAGAGUAUCUCUUGGGGCUGGGGCAUCGGCGUCAUGCUGGGCGUCUAUGUCAGCGGCAAGUCUGGCGGUCACAUCAACCCCGCCGUCACCCUCGCCAACUGCGUCUUCCGCGGCCACCCGUGGCGCAAGUUCCCCGUCUACUUGCUCGCCCAGCUCCUGGGCGCCAUGAUGGGCGCCGCCAUCAUCUACGGCAACUACCGGUCGGCCAUUGACACAUUCGAGGGCGGCACCGGCCUCCGCACCGUCUCGGGCCCCAAUGCUACCGCCGGUGUCUUCUGCACUUAUCCCGCCGCAUUCAUGACCCGGACCGGCAUGGUCUUCUCCGAGUUCGUCGCCAGCACCAUUCUUCAGUUCGUCAUCUUUGCGCUUGCCGACGCCAACAACAUCGGCGCCGGGCCGCUGAUGCCUCUGUGCCUCUUCUUCCUCAUCUUCGGUAUCGGUGCUUGCUUCGGUUGGGAGACUGGCUAUGCCAUCAACCUGGCCCGUGACUUUGGCCCUCGCCUGGUUACCUACAUGAUCGGAUACGGCCACGAGGUGUGGUCGUUUGGUGGAUACUACUUCUGGAUCCCCAUGGUGAUUCCGUUCCUCGGAUGCCUUACUGGCGGCGCCAUGUACGAUUUCUUCAUCUACACCGGCCCGGAGAGCCCGAUGAACAAGCCUUACCUCGGCUUCAACCGCUUCUUGCACCCCAAGAAGAGCGUCUGGUCCAACACAUACAACAAGGCCCUCGACUCCAACGUAUAG